GGGACAGGGGGGUGACAGAGUGUGACAAUGUCCUGAUGCUGCUGAGCGUCAGCCAGCGCAUGAGCGAGCAGGAGAGGGACAAGGUGAUGCCGCUGAUCAUCCAGGGCUUCCGGGACGCGGCCGAGGACGGGGGGACGUCGGUGACAGGGGGACAGACCGUGCUCAACCCCUGGGUCAUCGUGGGGGGCGUGGCCACCGCCGUGUGCCAGGCCAGCGAGUUCAUCAUGCCGGACAGCGCGGUGCCCGGGGACGUGCUGGUGCUGACCAAGCCCCUGGGGACGCACAUGGCCGUGACCGCGCACCAGUGGCUGGACAUCCCCGAGCGCUGGAACAAGAUCAAGCUGGUGGUGACACGAGAGGAGGUGGAGCUGGCGUACCAGGAGGCCGUGAGCAGCAUGGCCACGCUGAACCGCACCGCGGCGGGGCUGAUGCGCGCCUUCGGGGCGCACGCGGCCACGGACGUGACGGGGUUCGGGGUGCUGGGGCACGCGCGGGCGCUGGCGGCGCAGCAGCGCCAGGACGUCGCCUUCGUCAUCCACAACCUGCCCGUCAUCGCCGGCAUGGCGGCCGUGAGCCGCGCCUGCGGCGGCCGCGGGGGGCUCCUGCAGGGGACGGCACCGGAGACAUCCGGUACGGGA